UCAGAUUCCAAUAUCGAUUUCUCUCCCCCCGCCCCCACCCUCUCUCUAUAUAUAUAUCAAACGCCUAGUUCGAUCUUUCUUAAUUUUCCCUUUUUCGCGUUUUUGACUCUGAAGGGGUUUCUUGAAAUUCGCCUCAUUACAGGGGUGGAAUAAUUCAGGAUUUUCAUCCUCUGAAUAUGUUGGAGCAAUUACUGAUAUUUACAAGAGGAGGUUUAAUCCUCUGGACUUGCAAGGAGCUCGGAAAUGCUCUUAGAGGUUCACCCAUUGAUACUCUUAUCAGGUCCUGCCUUUUGGAGGAAAGGUCAGGCGAUGCUUCAUAUAACUAUGAUGCUCCGGGUGCUUCAUACACUCUCAAGUGGACAUUUCACAAUGAACUUGGGCUUGUCUUUGUUGCUGUGUAUCAGCGAAUUCUCCAUCUGUUGUAUGUGGAUGAUUUACUUUCUAUGGUUAAGCAAGAGUUCUCCAGCAUUUAUGAUCCCAAAAGAACUGCAUACAACGACUUUGAUGACAUAUUUCAACAGCUUAAGAAAGAGGCCGAGGCUCGUGCUGAGGAAAUGAAGAAAUCGAAACAGAUCAGCAAGCCUUUGAAUAAUAGUAACCUUGGUAGGAAGCAAGGACAGGUGCAGAACAGCAGUGCGGAUGGAGGGAAUAAAAAAAAGAGUGGAGGAAAAUCUGGAAAUGACAGUGGAGAUGAUGGGAAUCUCAAAGGAUACCCUAAAAAAAAUGAAAACAAUAAUUAUGGUAAGAGUGAGGAAGUUCCCUCGAAGAUAGAUCAUAACAAUAAAGAGAAUGGAACCUCCAAUGCUAACGCUUUUGAUGUAAAUAAGCUGAAGCUUAGGUCCAAAGGUGGAAAAAAAACUGCACCUGUUGCUAACAAGGUUCCCAAAGAGGAACCGAAGAAAAAGGUAACUAAAAAGAACCGUGUUUGGGAUGAUUCACCAAAGGAGGCAAAGUUGGAUUUUACUGAUUCUGUGAGUGAGAAUGGGGAAGAAAACAUAUCAGUUGUUGCAGCAGAUCAAGGGGAGAGUAUGAUGGACAAAGAGGAGAUAAUCAGUAGUGAUAGUGAAUCUGAAGAAGAUGAAUCGGGUAAGGACAAUAAGGCUGAUACAAAGAAGAAAGGCUGGUUCUCAUCUAUGUUCCAGAGCAUCGCCGGGAAAGCGAAUUUGGAGAAAUCUGACCUAGAACCAGCACUCAAAGCUCUAAAGGACAGGCUUAUGACUAAGAAUGUGGCAGAGGAGAUAGCUGAGAAACUUUGUGAAUCGGUAGCUGUGAGUCUCGAGGGAAAAAGGCUGGCCUCUUUUACAAGAAUUUCUUCAACAGUUCAGGCUGCCAUGGAAGAUGCCCUUGUUCGCAUAUUAACUCCUAGACGCUCCAUUGACAUUCUGAGGGAUGUUCAUGCUGCGAAGGAGCAAGGCAAACCUUAUGUUGUGGUCUUUGUUGGAGUUAAUGGAGUUGGGAAAUCGACCAAUCUUGCUAAAGUUGCUUACUGGCUUCUGCAGCAUGAUGUCAAAGUCAUGAUGGCUGCUUGUGAUACAUUCAGAUCGGGUGCUGUUGAGCAGCUGCGUACUCAUGCACGUAGGCUCCAGAUCCCGAUAUUUGAGAAAGGCUAUGAGAAAGAUCCUGCCAUUGUGGCAAAAGAAGCUAUUCAGGAGGCUAGUCGAAAUGGUUCUGAUGUUGUUCUAGUUGAUACAGCUGGAAGAAUGCAGGAUAAUGAACCUUUAAUGCGAGCUCUGUCAAAACUUAUCUAUGUCAACAAUCCCGACCUUGUUUUGUUUGUUGGCGAGGCGCUUGUGGGGAAUGAUGCUGUCGAUCAAUUGUCAAAGUUCAACCAGAAAUUGGGCGAUCUCUCACCCUCUCCCAAUCCGCGAUUGAUUGACGGGAUCCUUCUGACUAAGUUUGACACCAUUGAUGACAAGGUUGGGGCUGCACUAUCCAUGGUCUACAUUUCUGGGGCGCCCGUGAUGUUUGUUGGAUGCGGGCAGUCAUACACCGACUUGAAGAAGCUAAAUGUCAAGUCCAUUGUCAAGACUCUACUCAAAUGAGCUAAACCUGGUCUACAAUGUCUGUCUUUUAUGUGAAGUGAACUUGUUUGCUGUUCGUAUCUGAAACUAUCUUUGGGACAUGUGUUCUUGUGUGCUACUGCUGCACUUUCUUCCUGUCUGUGAUCUCACACUACUUUGCCAAUAAAUGUGGAUUGUUCCCAACCA